AUGAGUUGCAAAAACUGUUGUCGAGCUACAGCAGCAGACUAUGAAGUGGUGUUUACCUGUAACUCAUGCAAAGAGAAACAUCCUGCAAUACCUAGAUGUCGCUUUGAUGUCGAUUUGACCGAUAGCACUGGAGUGAUCCCAGCCUCAGUAUUUGGCGAAUUGGCAGAGAAGCUAUUGACAUUUAAUGGACUAGAAGCAAUGCAGCAUUUUGAUCAGAAUGUUGAACUUCCACUCGAGUUUGUCCAUAACGAGCUUAAAUCAAAAAUGUUUCUGCUCCAUAUCAAACCUGUGCAAACACAGCUGGCAGAUGCGAGGCAGCGUUACACAAUUAUAUACUACUCUGAAAUUGAUGAUCCAACUGCUUCUAUCCAGUUAACAAGUCAAACAGAAGAUGACUCUUCUUUCCUUGGCAAAGAAGUUGACAAUGUACGGUUGGGGACUCCAGGAGGAGACAGUGAUCGGUCAAAGAUUUGUGUUCGGCUUUCUGACAGAUUUGAUGAACCCCAGAACGUUGAACUAGAUGUGGAUGAAAAUGCAGAGUGCAGCUCUAGCAAGAAGCAAAAACUAAUCUAGCUUGUUGCGGUUCAGUUUUGCAUCCACCUGACUCUUAGAUAUUGCCUAACAUGCUAUCGUAUAUUUUUGCAACGUUCCUUGUGCAUUCUUAGAAGGCUCAUUAAUGUAUUAAUGGAAGAUGUGUUUUUUGUCCAUGAGAUACCCUUUAAACCCCUUUUGGUCUGGGACCUUUUACCUUUGCUGAUAAGCUGCA